AUGGAGGAAAGAUUCCUCAAAAUGAUUCCCAAGGAAUGCGAAAUUUGCAAGCGCAAGGACAAGCUGCUGCGCUGCGGAGGAUGUAGCACCUACUACUACUGCAGUCGCGAGCACCAGGUAGCAGACCGGCGUACCCACAAGGGAACUUGCAAGCAGAUCAAGGACGCCAAGGAAUCGAUGGACGCGGGAGAGGCAAGGUCGCUCGCCCAAAUUCCAAAUUACAUGGAGACGUUCCCCGGCAACCUCUGGCAACCGAUUUUCGGCCGACUGUAUUUGUACACCGUCUACCACUACGGCGAGACGCUUCUCCGCUCCUGGCAACAGCAAGGUAUCGAGGACGGAUUGGACGUCUUCCUCAGACUGCUGCAGUUGAACCACGCCGAUCAUCAAAGCGUGAGCGACCUGGUUGCGCCCCUGUACAUCCGGCUUGGCCGCGAUCAGGAAGCCUACGACUUCCUCAAGUACUGGGGCCUCCACUUCAGAGGUUUGCUUCAGCCGGAACAGCCCUUCCUGGGCGUCAAAAACGCCGAUCCAUACGAGGGGGUCGAGCUCUGGGCGAACUCGGAAUCCAUGCCGCUCGCGCGGGCCGCGAUCGUCAUGUUGAUCAAAAUCCGCCUGAUGACCGGCCUUCAAUCCGGCGAGAACGUGGCUGCCAUGUCGGGCCGCGAGGUGCUCGACUGGCUUCGCGACGACUUGCGCCCCUUCUGCGGGGACAUCUUUGAGCGCGAUCCCGAGGUUCUCGGCAACGAUGCUCUCCUGGACGAGAAGCAUUCCAUGGUGGCCGAGCAGAUUGGGACGCUCUUCAAGGCCAUCGGGGAUUACAAUCCUCUCUACUGGGCCAGCAUGCUAGGCCCGGAAGAAGAGGAUUUCGCAUCCCAGAAGACAGGCAUUCACCCGCCCGGAUCCCCAGAAGAGGCGAAAUUGGCCUUUGUGCGGACCUGCUUGGCGUGGUCCGAGACUGAUGGGGCAAUUCAGGGCCUGCGGAACGUCUUGAGCAACAGCCUUGGGGACUAA